AUGGGUCCCUGCAAGCAGACAUGCCUGGCCAGCGGGUUCAGGCCCAAAUCAGACACUCGGGGCUGGAACACCCCUCUUGUAGCAAAGAUGAGCUGUGACGAAACCUGGCCCCUCACUGUCCUGGAGAGCCUGGCCAAGUUCUUCCAGGGUCGUCGGCGUAUGGGCCCAGGGAAGGAGGUCAUGUACGACGGACGAGGACAUUCUCGCUUCCGGAACGGAGAGUGCACGCCUCUCCUGUUCCCGGGAGCCGGCGGCAGUCGCACCGUCGCGCCCCGCCCCUCGUCCCGCCACGUCUCUGCCGGAGUCGUGGGUCCCCGGCCGCCUCUGCGGAACCGCAGCGCAGGCUGUGCGUCGCAGGAGCUGCGUGUGACCACGUGUCAGUGUGGUGUGGUUGUGGGAGCUGUUGCCCCAGAGCUGUUCUGUCUUGCAGGUUCCAGCAAGAACACAGACACAGCUCCGGGUGAAGAAGGCCUGGAUGUGGCCAGCCAGGGGCUCAGCUGCCCCAGCGGGCCUGAGACAGCUCCGCCAGGCCCUGCGCUGCCUCUCGACCCCACCUCUCACCCAAGGGGUGCGGACACGGCUCCAGGUGUGACCGGUUUCCAUGACAACCUAAGGAAGGCUGAGGGCAGUAGUGCUGAGGGCGGUAUUAGAAAAGAAGCUUUGCAGUCUCUCAGACUCAGUCUUCCUAUGCAAGAAACGCAACUGUGCUCAACUGAGGCCUCACUGCCCCUGGAGAAGGAGGAGCAGGUUCGCCUUCAAGCACAGAAACGGCUGGAGGAGCAGCUUCAACAGUACAGGGCGAAGAGGCAGGAGGAGAGGUCCGGCCAUCCAGUAGUGAAAACGAGACUUUCCAGCACCCUGGACCCUGAGCUCAUGCUUAACCCCGAACAGCUGCCGCGGGCCAGCACCGUGGCCCUGACCAAGGAGUACUCCUUCCUGCGCACCAGCGUGCCUCGCGGGCCCAAGGUGGGCAGCUUAGGACUCCUGACACGUUCCUCGGAGAAGAAAAGCCCCAAAUCCGGCAGGAUUCGGUCUCUGGCUGAUUACAGGACUGAAAAUAAGGAUGGUGCGGACUUGAGUGGAGGUGGUCCAGCCACCAGCCCCUCGCAGGGUUCUGUGAGCAGGGGCAGCGUGACGUCCGUGUUGUCCGAGGCCAGCCUGCCGCUGGAUGCUGACGCCUGCCCAGAAGACGCCUCACUGGCCGGAGAUGACACCUCCGAGGUGGAUGGCAGUGAGGCCGGGCUGAGGCUGGACGGGAAUGACAGUGACAGCUCCUCGUACAGCAGUGUUUCCGCCCGGGGCGUGCUGGGCGCACUGGUCAGCACCCAGGACUCGGCCUACAUGGUCAACAGCCAGGAGAUGGCUGCUGACACCCUGGACCAGUUUCCUUCGAUUAAGGAUGUCCUCCAGGCUGCGGCAGCUGAGCAUCAGGGCCAGGGGCUGGGGGUCAACGGGGACAUCCGGAGCCGCCGAGGCAGCCUGGCCAGCAGUGUGUCCAUGGAGAGCUCCGUCGCUGAGGCCCAGGACGAGAUGCUACAGGUCCUCAAGGAGAAGAUGCGACUGGAGGGGCAGCUGGAGGCCCUGACACUGGAGGCCAGCCAGGCGCUGAAGGAGAAGGCGGAGCUGCAGGCACAGCUGGCCGCCCUGAACACGCGGCUGCAGGUGCAGGUGGAGCACAGCCACAGCAGCCAGCAGAGGCAGGACUCGCUCAGCUCCGAGGUGGACACCCUGAAGCAGUCCUGCUGGGACCUGGAGCGCGCCAUGACCGACCUGCAGAGCAUGCUGGAAGCCAAAAAUGCCAGCCUGGCCUCCUCCAACAACGACCUGCAGGUGGCCGAGGAGCAGUACCAGAGGCUCCUGGCCAAGGUGGAGGACAUGCAGAAGAGCAUGCUCAGCAAGGACAAUACAGUGCACGACCUGAGACAGCAGAUGACUGCGCUGCAGAGCCAGCUGCAGCAAGUGCAGGUGGAGCGCACGACGCUGACCAGCAAGCUGAAGGCGUCGCAGGCCGAGAUCGCGUCCCUGCAGAGCGUCCGGCAGUGGUACCAGCAGCAGCUGGCACUGGCACAGGAAGCCCGGGUCAGGCUGCAGGGCGAGAUGGCGCAUAUCCAGGUUGGACAGAUGACCCAGGCGGGCCUCCUGGAGCACCUGAAACUGGAGAACGUGUCCUUGUCCCACCAGCUGACAGAGACACAGCACAGGUCCAUCAAGGAGAAGGAGCGCAUUGCAGUCCAGCUGCAGAGCAUAGAGGCUGACAUGUUGGACCAGGAAGCUGCCUUUGUUCAGAUCCAAGAAGCGAAGACGAUGGUGGAAGAAGACCUUCAGAGGAGGCUGGAGGAGUUUGAGGAUGAGAAGGAGCAGCUGCAGAGGAUGGCAGACUCAGCAGCAUCCUUGGAGCAGAAGCUGGAGCAGGUCCAGCUGACUCUGCAGCAGCGAGACCAGCAGCUGGAGGCCCUGCAGCGGGAGCACCUGGGCCUCAUGAAGCAGCUCACAGAAGCGCAGGAGGCCCUGCAGGCCCGUGAGCAGAGCCUGGGGGACCUGCAGACACAGCAUGAGGAGCUGCAGGCCCGGCUGGAGGAGCUGCAGGGAGAGGCGACCGCCAGGGAGGACACCAUCCAGUUCCUGCAGAAGGAGAAGAUUGUGCUGGAGGUGGCGCUGCAGGCAGCCCGGAGCAGUGAGGAGGAGCGAGACAGGGGGGCCAGGCAGCUGGAAGCGGGUGCCCAGGAGACAUCGGAGGUUCUCGAGCAGCUGAGACAGGAGUUGGCUGUAAAGUCCAGCCAGGUGGAGCACCUGCAGCAGGAGACGGCCACACUCAAGAGGCAGACGCAGAAAGUGAAGGAACAGUUUCUUCAGCAGAAGGUGAUGGUGGAAGCCUACCGCCGAGACGCCACCUCCAAGGACCAGCUCAUCAGUGACUUGAAGGCCACCAAGAAGAGGCUGGACUCGGAGCUGAGGGAGCUGAGGCAGGAGCUGCUCCAUGUCCAGGGCGAGAAGAAGUCCGUGGAGGCAGAGCACGCUCGGCUGCAGAGGGAGUCAGCCCAAGUGCACCGUCGCGUGGCGGACCUGGAGGGGAACCUGCAGUCGGUGCAGAAGGAGAGGGAUGCCUUGGAGACACAGCUGCAGUCUCUGCAGUUUGAUAAAGAGCAGGUGGUCGCGCUCACAGAAGCCAAUGAGGUGUUGAAAAAGCAGAUUGAGGAGUUGCAGCAAGAAGCCAAGACGGCCAUCACGGAGCAGAAGCAGAGGAUGAAGCGUCUGGGCUCGGACCUGACCAGCGCCCAGAAGGAGAUGAAGACCAAGCACAAGGCUUACGAGAACGCUGUGAGCCUCCUCAGCCGCCGUCUGCAGGAGGCCCUGGCCGCCAAGGAGUCCGCAGAGGCCCAGCUGGUCGAGCUCAGGGCGAAGGGCGCCGAGGCCGGUGGGGUCACCCCCGCCUUGCAGGAGAGGGUCCAGAGCCUGGAGGCGGAGCUGGAGACGGUCAGCCACAGUAAGAUGCUGCUGGAGAAGGAGCUGCAGGAGGUCAUUUCUGUGACCAGCCAGGAGCUUGGGGAGUACCGAGAGAAGGUGCAGAGACUUGAGAGUGAGGUACUUGAAGCCAGAGGUGCUCAGAGGAAGCUGCGCUCCCUGGAGGAGUCCAAUACCAAGCUGACUCUGGAGCUGGAACACGAGCGAGGGAAGCUGACGGGCCUCGGGCAGUCUAACGCCGCGUUGCGCGAACACAACCACAUCUUAGAGACAGCCUUAGCCAAGAGAGAGGCCGACCUGGUCCGCCUCAACCUGCAGGUGCAGGCGGUUCUGCAGCGCAAAGAGGAGGAGGACCGCCAGAUGAAGCAGCUUGUGCAGGCCCUGCACACGGCGCUCACCAAGGAGAAGGCCAGAGUCAGCGGCCUCAAGGAGCAGGUUUCUGCAGUCAAGGCCGAAUCGGGACACAACCGUCGCCACUUCAAGGCCGCGGCCUUAGAGCUGAGCGAGGUGAAGAAGGAGCUGCAGGCCAAGGAACAGCUGGUGCAGAAGCUGCAGGCGGAGGCUGAGGACCUGCAGCGGCAGGAGGGGAAGCACUCUGAGGAGGUGGCGCAGUUCCAGGAGGAGUUGGCUGAGGCCCGGGUGCAGCUCCAGCUCCUGCAGAAGCAGCUGGACGAGCAGCAGAGCAGACAGCCCACAGGAAACCAAGAGAUGGAAAACCUCAAGUGGGAGCUGGAUCAGAAGGAACGAGAAGUCCGGUCCCUGGAGCAGCAGCUGGACUCCACCCAGCAGCAGAGCCAGAGAGAAGUGGAAGGGAUGCAGCAGUUCCUGCAGAAUAUCAAAUCUGAGCUGGAGAUGGUGAGGGAAGAUCUGCACAUGACCCAGAAAGAUAAGUUUAUGCUUCAAGCGAAAAUGUCAGAACUGAAGAACAACAUGAAGAUUGUGCUUCAGCAAAACCAGCAGCUGAAGCUGGACCUGAAACGCAGCUCAGCCAAGAAGAGGAAGGAACUGAAGGGUGAGGCCAGCCCCUCCAACCCUGUGACGCCGGUCAAGGUUCCCGACUGCCCGGUCCCCGCCUCACUACUGGAAGAGCUGCUCAGACCCCCGCCUGCUGUGAGCAAGGAGCCCCUGAAGAACUUGAAUAGCUGUCUCCAGCAACUCAAGCAGGAGAUGGACAGCCUGCAGCGCCAGAUGGAGGCGCACACCAUCACCGUGCAUGAAUCACUGUCCUCAUGGACUCAGGUUGAAGACCACCUUGGGGAUCUGGCCCCUCCCUGUCCAGCCCCUGCCGGAGAUCACGCCAACUCCAAGGGGGACGCAGAGAAACACAAUCCGAGCUGUGUGGCCACAGAAGUAUCGGAACAGCGCCCUGCCCAACCUUGUGGGCUCCUCUCUCCCACCACUGCGGCCCCGGACUGCAGCGAGCCGCCAACUCGAACCCUGACCACUGCGUCCCCACACUCGUCUGCUGUUUGCUUAGCGAGUUUUACCUCGGGGAUACGAAGAGAGCACGAGGCCAAGGAGGACAGGCACACGCAGGAGACUCAAGCCAACCCCCAGGCGCCACUCUGCGGGCGACUCGUCACGGAGCGCCAGCUGCUGCCCCGCCGCCUCAGGCCCCCGUCUCCGCCCCGCGCCGGGCUGCCCGCGCCGCCUGCCGCCCUUCGCGCUCUCCCACCCCGCACAGCCCGGGUCCGCGUCCGCUGCUCCUGCCCUUGUCGAGUCUCCGGGGGCUCCAGGAGCGGAGCUGGCCCCGCGUGGACGGCCCUGGCGUGGCUCCGGCCGCUCUCGUGGCGCCUUCGCGUCAGGCAGUGA